CCCUGCACUAGCGUCGGGUCGCUGCCAACACAGAAAACAACCUUGAAAUGGAAGUUGAAUGGAAGAGCCCUUGAUCAAGUGGAACAUCUAAAAAGAACCCUUGCACGAUUGAAUGGAUCCCACAGAUUUCGAGACCUCGAGUGAAAAGCAAAAUAAUCACUCAAUGCCCAAACACAACUUCUUCUAAGCGCCGUCGUGGACCAACCCAUUUUAUCAGAUCCAUACGAGGGGGCAUCACCGACAUCCAUGAUUUGGGCAUCAAUGCUCGAGGUACGGUCCAGUCUGUGUUUUUUUUUUUCUUCUCUUUCUCUCCAUCCACAGGGAAUCGACAAGGGCAUUGUUUGUGUUAGUCGAUGGGAACCACUGUUGAGACUUUUGACACGUUGGUAUGACUCUUAAAUUUUGGAGACUGUGCUACAUAUUGUGCGCGGUAUUUGUCUGUCGAUAGAAGAUGCAAUAAUGUUCAGACGGUCAGAUUUUGAUUCAUUCAUUCAGACUCGACGAGGCCUUGUCUGGCCUCGUAAUGCAAUGCAUGAGUUGUCAAACAUCAAACGAAUAAGACACUCGGUGAGAUGCAAAGCAACGCACAAAAGAGAGAAAACACAUGAUACGUUACAGGCUUGAAAUCGAGGUACUCGAAGGAUCAUGAGGGUACUGAUACCCAUUGUUCGGUACCGAGACGCAGACGCUGCUCAACGGCCCAUCAUCGUCAUCACGCAUUUGCGUAUUCCGCUCCUGCGAGGAAUCGAGUCGUCUGUCCUGCAGAGUCUGACGAAAAUGGGUUUUGUCGCGCGCGUGCCUAUCGCGAGGGCACACGUCUGAUGGCAUCAUCGUGUAGCAUUGGGGGAGCUGCAUCGCACAAACGGGCUAAACUUUCGCUUAUCGUUUUGGCAUUUCUAGCUGAAGUCGAUGAGUCUAGUAAGAUGAGCCUCGUGUCAUUUGUGUGUGGCUUGUGCUGCGAGUGUUGAUCCAACUGUCUUUCUGUCUGAUGAUACAGUGAGUGGCGUGUACGUUCAACAGACAGAAUGAGAUGAGGAAACUUCAGAUUUACCGUAUUGUAAAAUACGCACAGUAAUAAAGACUGAAACUGUCUAUAGCACACGUUAUAGUGUAACUCUAAAUUUGGAUCAUGACUGAGGCGAGAAUGACAUCCAUCAACCGUUUCCAUCCCGGAUCUGAGCGGAGACAGACACGGGCUGCCCCGCUUCCCCGUCUCAGCGCCCGGAGCCGCUGAAACUCAAAUCAUCAAUUCAUUGGCCCGUAAUUAAAUCAACAAAACAAAACAUUUCCUUACACAACACCAUGGCUCCAGAUCCAAAACCGCAAGGGCGCAAGCGCGGUAGGCCUGCAAACGCGUCCAAACAAGCCCCCAGCGCGUCGCAAGAUCGACCAGACGAGUACGAAGCCAAUGUCGAAGAAGCUGCGCGUCCGAAACAACGAGGACGACCAAAGAAAAAAGUGCAAGAAGAUGCACCCGAGGAAGCAGUAGUGCAGGCGGAGAAACCUAAGAAGAAGCGUGGUCGACCUUCACUUGAGGAUAAGAAUGCGGAAAAGACGACAGAAAAUGCAGCGCAACCGAAACGAAAACGCGGUCGCCCUUCGCUAGAGAAGAAUCAGGAUGAGCGAGAGGCUGAGCCAGAAAUGGUAGAGGAGACAGCCCAACCAAAGAGGAAGCGCGGGCGCCCAUCUCUCGAAAAGAAUCAGAAUGAGGAGCCUGAGGAGGAAGCAGAAGAUGCUGGAAAGCAAAAACGAAAGAAGAAGUCGAAGGAGAAACAGAUUGAAGAGCCGGAAGAGCAGCCAGAGGAGGAGCCCCAAUCACGAAAAAAGGGCCGCAAGGCAGCUCAACAACCUGAACCCGAGCCGGAAGAACCAGAGGCAGAACCAGCACCAGCACCCCGAAAGAGACGGCGACGUGAAGCGAAAGAGCCCGAGCCUGAACCUGAAGAAGAGGAGCAACCACGACGAAGUCCACAAAAUUCUCGGCGCGAUCUCGGCGAAGAUGCCAAUAACAAGGGCAGCAAGGCCGAAAAGUCCAAGAAGAAGAAGAAGGAUCGUGUAGCACAGGAAAACGCAGAAGAUCAACCUGAAGAAGCUCCCAAGAAGCGCGGUCGCCCAAAAGGGGGAAGACCAUCAACUGAGAACGCGGAUGAACCACAAGAAGAGCAACAAGAGACGAAUAAAAGGAAACGUCGUGGCAAAGAGAAAGACGGUGCACUCUCCGAUUCAGGCGAAUCUCUCGCCUCUCCGCCAAAGCCAUACAUUCACAUCGCUCCCUUCAAACGCACAAUCCGCUCCUCCAAAAUCGCCGCAGACUGGACCGGUCUAUCGGGCGCAUCACUUCCCACUACUAAAUCCAUCCUCAAACUCGCCCAACAACCUAUCCUGCAACGUAUGGCCCCAACAAACAACCGACGCACCUACGCCUCUGCAGCAUUACAUCUCGUCUACCGCCGCAUGGAACGUAAACUCGCCCGUGGUCUACCCUUCCCACCUGGGAAUUCAUCAAAGACUACAAAACGGCGCCUAGAUGCUGAUGGGGGUCGUGCGUUGGAGCUUGAUUUUGAAGCGGUGCUCGAUGGCAAGGCGGCGUUAGAGAGACAGCUUGUGCCCGGGAUGCAUGCAGUUGACUUGUUGAAGGCGGAGAAGGAGAGGAUGGAGAGAGAGCUUGAGAGAGAUUAUGAAGAGCUGAGGAACUUGGAGGCAAAUGCGAGGGCGCAGACAAGAGAGCGGAAGGAUUUGUUUCGAAAAGCUCAUGUUCUGGCACCGACAUCAAGGCCAGCCAGUAAGGAUCAGGAUACAACUUUUGUUACUGACACCAAAGAUGAGGGAAGUCUCAAGGACAUUGUCGAUACACCUCUUGAGCCUAUAGCCCUGCAACUAGCAGACCACGUCGAAAGCAUCCGUGGUAACCUCCAACAAGCUGAUGGGCUCACACCACAACUGAGUCGGACAAAAGCUGCUUUACAGGAUGUGUUGCAGCGGUAUCUAGAUGAAGGAGCUUAUGAGCAGGUUGUCCUUGGAUAAGUGCUCUGUGCAAGACAUGAGAUGAUGAAAUAAGCUACUUGGGCUAUGCAUGAAUGGAUGAGCAAGGCGUUGGGAUUACGGUUUGGAUGAGUUUGCAUAAACGCAUGGCCUCAGCUGAGCGUCAGGGUGCAGGUACAGAUAAUACCCAGAAAUGGGGUUUUUUUAAAGCCAUUGUUAAGGGCAUUGCAUUCAUAUUUAUUGCUUAUGUUGUCUCACACCUACACAACUACAUCUUCAGCAGGAAGGAUAUGUGGUAUGAAAAGCAAGAUGUAUAUGUGUAUAAGACUCAAUGAGACAGGAAGCGGUCUAUGGAACCGACAUUCCAGAUAAGCAUAACCCAAGUCUAUCUAUCUACAAGCGCUUCAAUAUACCAACCCCAUCCGUGCUACAGUCAAAAGGAAACAAGACCAAGUAACCCGAGAGGGUAUUUGUUGAGUGGACCAGAUAAGACGAAAGUUCAUGAUUCUCAUUGAAUUGAUUUUGAAGAAGGAAGCAGCAAAAAAAGUAAAUUGUCAUACAUCCAGGAGAGUAGUUGACCUAUACAAAGAUAUUCCCCCUUCCACUAGAUGCCUAACCAAGAAGUGACCAAAUGGUGAGUAAUGUACAGAUGAGACUUCAUGAGUUGUCUCAAGACAUUUAUCGGAGACGGCGAGAGAAGCCAGUGGGCUUAGCGUAGCCACCGGUGGCAGUGUUGUUGACGGGGUAAGGGACAACGGUGACGGUAGCCUCGAGGGUGGUGGUGGUGUCGCAGAACUCCUCGUCAUCGUCGUCCUCAGAGUCAUCAUCCUCGGAGUCAUCACCACCAACAGCCUUGUCGGUGACGGUGGCAUCAUCAGAGCUGCCGGUCUUGCUGGCCUCAGGGACAACAGUGACGUAGACAGUGGAGGCAGGGGCGGUGACAGUGACGGUCUCAGGGACACACUCGCCGUUACCGUUGCCGGAGCCGGAGCCACCGUUGUUGGAUCCGUUGCCGGAACCGUUGCCAGUACCCUUGGAGCCCUCCUCCUCACUCUUGCCGGUGCUGUAGCCGUUGUCACCGCCGGAAGCGGGGUUGGUCUCACCGACGCGCUCAAUGGUCUUGGUGACAGUGCCAGUCUUGGUCUUGGUGGUGGUAGUGGUGGUAUCAUCCUCGGGGGUGCCGUUACCCUUGGAGCCGUCGUCGGUGACCUCAGGGCCAGCAGGGACGGUGAUGGUGGUCUGGAGAGUCUUGUGGAUGGUGGUGGUGAUGGUCUCGUCACCCUGGGUAAGAGUGACAACCUGCUCAGUGGUGUAGUCGGAAACGACGGUCUUGUCGCCCUCCUUAGGAGGGGGGUAAGCACCGCCAGUGGUCAUGGGGACGGAAGCGGUAUAAGGGGCAGUGAGGGUCUUGCCAGUAACACCACCAGUCUCAGCGUCGUGGAGGACGGAGGUGUAGAUAGAGCUGGCGUCAGCGACGGGGCAGACAACCUCAGUGAGGAUGACGGUGUUGGUCUCAACGUAGGUGACCUUGUCGGACUCGGGGAGCUGAGCAAUGGCAGUGUGGUCACGAGCAGGGCAGUUGGUGACGGUAGGAGCGCAGCUGGUGAUGGUCUCGACGACAGUGGUCUUGACGGUCAGUGUGGUCUGGGUGUCGGUACCAUUGUCGCGGCGGUAGUGGGCGUGAUGGGGGAAGUUGUAGGCGUUGGCCACGGCGGCAAGCAUGCCGAUGGAAGCGACGACGGACUUCAUUUUGAAGAUUGAGGUGGUUUGGGUGUGAUUUGGUUAAGUGGUUUGUUUUUGCGGUAGCUUCAGAUUUGUCUAUGACAACGGUUUGCGAUGCGAUUCAAAUGGCCGUAGAAGUCAAUUCCACAGUCAGGCAGCGAGCAAGACACAGUUUUGCUUCACUAAAAGAAAGGAUAGAGUUGGAACGUGAGAAACGCUGGUUGCUGUAAUGCUGGAAGGAUCGUAAUGGCAGAAGCCGGAAAUGAAUGGAAAGUCACGAUAGAGACUGAACGAGUGUGGUGGUUGUGAUAGACAAGACUGAAAAGCCGGAUUUGAGGUGAGGCAGGAAGCGUUAGAUAUUAAGAGAAACCAGAGUCGGGGGCGUAGUACCAACUGGGCUGGAACGCCUCUUUUUAGCUCAAUGUCUCU